AUGUGGAGAUAUGUAAUUAGACGGUUUUCCACAGAACAUCCCAAAACAAAUCCACUCCAAUACCCUAAUCCAGGACACAGCGCCUAUGGUGGCCCUAUACAAGUAGAGUUUGACCAUGUCCGUAGUUCUGAGGAAAAAGAAUGGCUGAUUUCUAAUUAUGAAAACCUUAUGGAGUCUCCUUUUAAAGCUUCACAAAAAAUCCAGACUUUACGUCUUCUUCAGAUGGCAGAGAGCUUUGAACGCUUUGUACACAAAAAAUUCAGCACUUAUAAGCGGUAUUCUGGAGAAGGCCUAGAAGCCUUGGUCCCAUCUAUUUAUUCAGUCCUUGAAUCUCAGCAUGGGUCUGAGCCAAACUCAAACGUAAUAAUGUCAAUUGCGCAUAGAGGAAAGCUAGCUGUCUUGACUAGCAUUAUGAAUUAUCCUAUUAGGAAUUUAUUCUGGAAAAUCAAAGGAAAUUCAGUUUUGCCUUUACAAUUAAAUAUUUAAAAAUAAAUGUCGAAGGCUUGACAAUUUAGCUCGAUGCUAAUUGAGCCGCAAUAUAUAAAUAUCAUAAGAAUCCAAGCACGACUCCGUUGUGCUGCUAAAAUAAACUAACAAUUAAAUGAAAAAGAGUUUUACUUUACUGAUGACAUAAGCACACACAUUGCAGUCACUUCAGAAAGGCCAGAGCUCAAAGGUCUAAGAAUCAGCAUGCUUCAUAACCCUUCACACUUACUCCCCCCCCCCCCCCGUGAGCGAACAAAAAAAUUUUGUUCGCUCACGGAGGGGGGUUAAUUUUUUUUUUUAAAAAAAUUUAUAUAUAAAUUUUAUAAAAAAAUAUUUUUUUCGAAAUUUAAAAAAAUCCUAAUUUGCAAAAAUUGGGAAGCAAAUAUUAAUUUAAUUUGCAAAAUUUAUGUUGUUUUAAAACGCAAUUUGUUUAAAAUUAAACAGAAUUAGCUCUAGAUUUCAUUAUACUAAUUAUCACUUAUAUAUCAAAAUUUUUUUCCAUUAAAAUUUUUUCUAUUAAAAAAAUUUUUGUUCACUCACGGAGGGUGGGUUUUUGGUCAAAAAAUGGCGAUUUUUCUAAUGGUUUUGUUCGCUCACGGAGGGGGGGGGGGGAGUUAGAAAUCGGAGGCGCUGUCGGUCUCGGAAAAACCAAAGCCAAAAUUGAUUCCGGAAAAGAAGCCCUUCACCUAUGGAUCCACGGUGACGCUGCCUUAGCUGGCCAAGGCGUUGUCUACGAGACUACCCAAAUGGCUCAUUUGCCAGGAUUUUCUGUAAACGGCUGCAUCCAUAUAGUCGCAAAUAACCAAGUCGGCUUUACCACCCCUGAAGCUUUAGGAAGAUCCAGCCCACACUGUACCGACAUUUUCAAAAUCAUAGGAGCCCCAAUUCUUCGUGUCAAUGCCUACAGUCCUGAAGAGGUCGUAAAAGCUUCCCAAUUAGCUGUCGAGUACCGAAAACUAUUUAAAAAUGAUUUUGCCAUUGACUUAAUAGGCUAUCGUAAAUACGGGCACAAUGAAGUAGACGAGCCUGCCUUUACAAAUCCGCUGAUGUAUAAAGUAAUCAGAGGAGAAAUGAAAGGCUGUGCCACAAAUUAUGCAGAGCAGCUUAUAAAUGAAGGGGUUAUCAAUGAAAAAGUAUAUGAAAAAAUGAAAAAGCAGCUGGAAGAGCAUUUAAAUAAAGAAUUUGAAGCUAGCAAUAUUGAGGGGCUGGAAAAGGACGAAAAAGGUUGGAUCAAGGUGGAUUCUUUUAAAGACCAAUGGGCUGGGAUUUCUCCAUUUCAUAAGAAAGGGCAUAUAGAAACAGGCGUUGAGGUAGGAAAAUUGAAGGAAAUUGCAGAAAUGACUGUAAAUGUCCCAGAAAAUAUAAAAGUACACCCACUGAUUGUGAAGGGACAUAUAGGGAACAGAAAAGCAAAUCUUGCAGAAGGAAAAGUAGAUUGGGCUACAGCUGAAGCUAUGGCGUUUGGAAGCUUGCUAAAAGAAGGGUAUAAUGUGAGGAUCUGUGGAGAAGAUACGGUAAGAGGCACUUAUUCUCAAAGACAUGCUGGGUAUUAUUGCCAGGAAACUGAAAAACUAUUCAUUCCUUUUGAACAGCUAAAGCCAGGCAAAUUUACAGUCGUAAACAGCUUUUUAUCAGAGCUGGCAGUCUUAGGAUUUGAGUAUGGAUACUCUUUAGAUGAUCCCAAACAUCUAGUCCUCUGGGAAGCCCAAUAUGGAGAUUUUGCUAAUAUGGCCCAGCCAAUCAUUGAUACUUAUAUAGCCUCAGGUGAAGCCAAAUGGCUCCGACAAAGCGGACUUGUGCUUCUUCUUCCUAAUGGCCAAGAAGGAGCAGGACCUGACCACUCUUCAGCUAGAAUCGGCCGAUUUCUAGAACUAGUCAACAACCUUCAAGCCACACAGCUUAACCUACAAGUCGCCAACUGUAUUAUCCCAUCCAAUUAUUUCCACCUAUUAAGAGAACAAGUCAAAAAAGACUUCAGAAGACCAUUAGUCCUUGGGACCCCUAAAAGUGCCUUAAGAAGCAAACUUCUUUAUUCCGAUUUAGAGUCUAUGGGCCCUGGGACCAGUUUUAAGCCAUUUUUCUUUAAAGAUAUUAACGGUGGGAGAAGCGACAAAUUGUUCAUUUGUAAUGGGAAAAUUUAUGUAGAGCUUUUACAGCAGUUCCAGCAGGACAAAAUUUCGAUUUUAUUGAUAGAAGAAUUGUCUCCUUUCCCAUAUGAUGAAUUAUAUGCAGAACUCAGCAGACGAGGGUUCCCAGAAAAAGCCAUUUUUGUCCAAGAAGAGCCUGAAAACACUGGUGUUUUCAGAUAUAUUGAACCUCAGCUGAGGAAACUUUUUGGGGGGAUUGAUUUAAUUUCUAGGAUAGGAUUAAGCUGCUCUUCUGAAGGAAAUUCUGGCGACUUUAAAGCCCACCAGGAAGCUAUUUUCCAGUCUAUUAGAAACCACUUUUAUGAAAGUUAA